UAUUUGUCUACUGCUUUUUUGGUUUUGGCAUUUGGGAGAACAAACAGUCAACAUUCGCUUUUAGGGGAAGCCAAACUCAAAAAACCAAAAACAAAACUCUUAAAACUUAUUUUCAUACUCGUAUUCACUUUUGGAUGCCAUCGCCUUUUUGCUGCCUCCAUCAUCACCGCUGUGGGGCCUGUUCUACCCGCUUUGCGGCCCGUCUGUCUGCCUGUUUGCCAGUCAAUGUUGGUGCUCGGCGCGCUGCUCCACUCUGCGUUACUCCGCUCCGCUAUGCUCGUUUUUCGCAUUUCGCAUAUUUAAUAUUAGCCGCAAAUACAAUUCGCAAUUAUUCAAUCGCGAGCAGUAUUGCAGUGCGGAUCCCCCGAAAUUUCGUAAAAAUACGUCCUGUGGUUUCGAGCUUCCCAUUAUCGUUUGACAACUUUAAGAAUGAAUUUGUCUCAUAGCCCAACCGGAAUAGUAUUCAGUGCGAAUGCCAAUAAAACCAUUGCGUGAAACACAGUCGCAUUUGCUUUGAAGCAAAUGUAAAAAACUAACAACGCACUAAAUAUUAAAAACAUUUUUGGAAAAAACGAAAUUAAUUAAAAAAAUAGCAAAUGUGAAAAAUUUAUCGUUCUGAUCAGAAUUUUAUCUCGAAUAACAGUUUGCUGCAUUUAUUGAGGAAUCUGGAUCACAUAAACCUUUCGAAUACUUAUAUUAAGCUGUGCUAAACACUAAAUUAACAACAAUUGUGCCACAAACCUACAACAAUGAUAACAAUAAAAAAACAACUACAAUGAUGAAGUGUUUUUUAAACAAAUAAGAACUGCAAAAAUUGCAUUUAACGCCUGCAAUCUCAAGAAACUCGUACAGACAUACACACACUGCACAAACUGCAGGCCUACAAACAGCAACUCCGGGCUACUUCAUGUCGUCUGCAUUUAGUUAAACUCUACUAGAAAUAAAUUUAAAGAAGAAAAGAGGAAGAAAAACACAAAAAGGGAAAAAGACACUGCCAUAUAAAAACUAGCAACUUCAAGUUCUACAAACCUUCAACUUUACAGCUACCUCGAUAAGCUACAAAAUAUUAUAAAUAACUAUUUCUGCCGAAAAAAAAAAUACUGCCAGACGCACGGCAAAGCCACUAACAAACUCAACAAACGACACAAACGAUAUACAGAAGUAUCAACAAUAAGCAAAUAGAGUUGUGCUGCAGGUACCUUAGUGCCAUUAACACUACUUUGAAAUUGUAAGCGCAUAUAGAAAAAUGUAGUAAUAUCAUAGAAAAUUCCAUUCGCAUACGACAUCCAUAGCAAGGCUCAACUUUCAGUAGGAACCCCUGCAGUAAAAGGCACCCCUGCCUACUCUUUUUCCGUGCUCACUUUCUUCAGACCAACCAUCACCAUCACCACCAUUUAAUAUGAAUCCAUCAUCCUAUGCUAAUGAUGUCGAUUCCACGGCAAAUCCACAAAUGAAAAAAUUCCAAUCACCACAACGCCAAAUAAAAGAUAGCCCAACAGUAAAUAUCCCAGUGACUACGCCCAACGUGACCUUAACAAAUGGACGUUCGGAAAAUGGGUACAAACACCAUGGGACUAAUGGUGAUGCCUCUCUGAAUGGAACACCAUUGCAUAAUGGUCAUGGCAAUGUCAUCGCUAUAAAUAGUUAUCAGAAUGGUACACGUCGUGACUCUACUCAAGCCUGGACACCACUACUGGCUAAUACCAAUGGCACGGGUAGCACUGCUCUAAUUAAUGGCAAUGGCAGUGCCACUGUUGAUGGCAACACAGUUGGUAGUGAGAACGUAAUAGUAAGUGAAGCUGGUAAUGUGGUUGACCAGGAGGCGAAUGAAGCCCGAGCUGAUGCCACAACUGUGAUAUAUGCCACAUCGACGAGCAACAACAACGAGUGGAAGGAUGCCGAAAAAAUAAAUAAUCUCAAAAACGGUCUACUUCAUUGUCCAGUCAAUCACCAGGGCAACAAUAAUGGUUCGCUUAUGAACGGCAAGAAUGGCAUUGGCCUAGGCGUAUCAGACAAAUACGACGAACAAGACCCGCUUACCGGUCUAUACACACAGAAGCAUACUCGGCCGCGUGAGCCAGAUGAGUCGGACUCAGAUUCCGAGCUAAGUAAUAUCGAUCGGCAAGCUCCAGGUUGUGGUCUGUUCGGCUGUCGGCCAAAAUGGGCACGUAACUUCGCUUCCACCAAUGUUUUUAUGAUAGUUUUUUUGCUCGCCUACAUCCUGCAGGGCAUGUAUAUGACAUAUUUCGUGUCAGUGAUCACAACCAUAGAGAAACUAUUUCAAAUCAAAUCCAAAACAACGGGUUUUUUGCUAAGCGCUAGUGAGAUGGGUCAAAUUAGUACUGCUAUGCUGCUAACCUACUUCGCUGGACGUGGCCAUCGGCCACGUUGGAUUGCUUGUGGCAUGGUGUUAUUCUCCAUCGCAGCCUUUGCUUGCUCAUUGCCACACUUUAUAUUCGGUAAACAACUGAUGCAAUCUCUCGACACAUUAAGCAAUGGCGGUAACGGUGGUAAUGCAGCGUUGCGCUCCUUAAAUAGACAAAUGUUGCAUAGCAGUUACGGACUGCAUGGAAUUAAUGAUACAGUAAAUGCAACAAGUGGGAAUGUUUUGGAGGGAAGCAUAAGUGCGUUACUGACUACUGUGAAAAGUCCACAUGAUAUGAAUCUGUGCAUACCGGGACAGAAUGCGACAAAUUCCAAUUCGGAAUGCGACGAAGAUCAAAAAUUGGAACAAGCUUCACACUCUAAAAUUACCGUUAUUGUGCUGUGCAUCUUUUUUGCUAGUCUCCUGAGCUCCGGUAUUGGACAGACAGCCGUGGCAACACUCGGCAUACCGUACAUAGAUGAUAAUGUGGCUAGCAAACAGUCACCAAUGUAUAUGGCCAUAACGAUUGGUGUGCGCAUUUUGGGACCUGCUUCUGGUUUUAUAGUGGGUUCGUUCUGCACACGAUGGUACGUAAAUUUUUCAAAUCCGGGUUUCGACCCAAGCGAUCCGCGUUGGAUUGGUGCUUGGUGGCUGGGUCCAGUUGGAAUUGGUAGCUUAAUGAUGCUAUCAUCCAUCGCAAUGUUCUCAUUCCCAAAGCAACUGCGCGGUAAAAGAAAAAUCAAUGCAGGCGAGGCCAAAGGAGAAGGUGCCGAAGAGGCUGUAGCAACUACAGAGGUGGAUGAAAAACCAAAACUGAGAGAUUUCCCAAAAACGGUACGCCGUCAACUGAGCAACGACAUUCUAAUGUUUCGUACCGCUUCGUGCGUCUUCCAUCUACUGCCGAUUGCAGGGCUCUAUACUUUUCUACCAAAAUACCUCGAAACACAGUUCCGUUUAACCACCUACGAUGCCAACAUGAUUGCCGCCUUUUGUGGCAUACUUGUCAUGGGUGUGGGCAUUGUUAUAUCCGGCUUAGUCAUAUUAAAAUUAAAGCCGUCGGCUCGAGCAGUAGCCGCUUGGAUUGCAUUUACAGCGCUCUUUUAUGCAGCAGGCAUGGUCGUACUGAUGUUUGUAGGAUGUAGCAUGAGCGACUUUGCCGGUUACAAGACUGGCACGAGCAAUGACUCGGCCAUGAUCGAAGCAGCAUGUGACCUCAAUUGUUCCUGUGAUAAAGAGAAUUUCGCGCCCAUUUGUGGCGCGGAUGGACGUAUAUACAUAUCCACCUGUCAUGCUGGAUGUGGAGCAACGUCGAUGCGCGAAAGCGAUAAUCGCACCGUAUUCAGUAACUGUACAUGCAUUCCAGAUUCUUUAAGGAACCCUCAACCGUACCAAGCGGUCAACGGAUACUGUGAUAGCAAUUGCAAGAAUUUCGUGUUCUUCAUUUUAAUAUUUGCCGUUUGUGUGUUUAUGCAUUCGACGUCAGAGGUGGGCAGCAUGUUACUGGUGAUGCGAUGCACCCAUCCAAAAGAUAAAGCCAUGGCUAUGGGCAUCAUACAAUCAGCUAUUGGUCUAUUCGGUAAUGUUCCUUGUCCGAUUAUUUAUGGCGCCGUUGUCGAUUCGGCGUGUCUCAUUUGGAAGACGGUGUGCGGCAAGCAUGGAGCCUGUUCCCUGUACGAUGCUGAUACGUUUAGACAUUACUUUUUGGGCAUAACCGCCGGCAUAAUGUUUUUAGCAUUCAUAAUGGACUUGGUUGUGUGGAGUAAAGCACAUCGUAUUGAUAUCACACCAGAGGACAACGAUGAAUCGCACGGUAAACAGACCGCCGCUGAAACGGAGUGCAAAAAGUCGAUGGUAGCGCCAGAUACAAGCGUUUGAACGGCAUUUCCUCAAGAAGGGUCGACAUUAGUAGCUGGAAAGAACAAAAUCAAAAGUUAAAAACAGUGCGAACCCUUGUUUGAAUGAAAAGUUGGCCACGUUUGUUUUUUUCUUUUGCUUUAACACAAUGCUAUAGCGGUAGUUAGAUGACACACGCCUAAUGGAACGGAUACAUGUGGAAUUGAAGAAAAACAAACGUACACAAAUGUUUUGAUGGAUUUUAGCGAAGGAAUGCGAUCUAGCAUUCAUUGUUGAUAGUUGAUUUAUUGGUUAGUUUAGUUAAAGUUUAGUUAAUGAAAUCAUAGUUUUAGACAGCAAAAAGAGCGUGACGGUGGAAUACUAACGAAAUGCACAAGGAUUACACGCAUGAUAAUUGUGGAUAAAUUAAAAGAGAAAAAUGUGCGAAUUCUAGAGUAUAAAAAAUUAUAUUAAAUAUUAACAUAUAUAUGUAUAUACAUUUGGAAUAAGUCCGUAUAUAUUCAUUCAUAAGUAUAUAUACAUACAUGUAUGUAAUAUAUGUACGUGUACGCCAAUGGCAGAUUAAUGAAAAGGACAUUGGUGGUAAUUUUACAGAAGUCCUGGUUAUGUGGUACAAUUAACCACGUAAUACUUAUGACAGUAAGUUUUUUUCAGCAAAUACUUCAAAUUAAUAAAUUUUGUUACCGAUUUUCGCCAUAAAGGAUGCCUGCUAAAAUUAUCAGCUAUAUUUUUAGCUAAAGAAGAUCGAUGGCAUCAUUUUAGGGAAAACCAUAAAUAAUGCUAGAAUGUCAAGAAUUCUUUAGAAAUACUCAUCUUCCAACAAAUUUUCCAAAUUUUCAGACACCAAAAACCCACAAAAGUCGUUUACUUCUUCAAAACUUCCAUACAUUUUUGCAAUUUGCUACUUAUUAAGAGAAUUCUCUAAGCGUUACAUAAAUACAGAAUAGGAAGAAA